AUGUCCGAUCGUGAGGCCGUCCAGGUCUUGAAAGCCAGUCGUAAAGGCUUCAAGGCAGCUCUUUCACGGGCUAGGAAUGUGGCCGAAUCUGCGUUUGAGGAUUACGUAGAAGGUGAACGUCCAACGUUGUUGGAAAGAUUUGUUAAUCAUUGGGACGAUCGAUUACAAAAAUACUUACAAGCCGAAGAUCAGGUCGUAUGCCAUCUAUCAUCUGAUUCCAAAGAUGCAGAUCCAGCUGUAGAGGAACACCUCGAGGCUCUUUUCAAAGCCCAAUCCAAAUUAAUCGGUUUUCAACGUGAUGUCGAAGCUUCACUGCUCCGAGCAGCGGGUGAGCAUCGACCUCAUCCCUCUCGUGAGUCUGGGCAGACCUUAUCUCUUCCUCGAUUAGAUGCGAAGAAACCUCCAUUACUACAAGAAGACACAGAUCAUAAAGUGUUCACACGGUGGCGUCCUUUAUGGGAUAAUUACUCGCUCCUUAUUUAUCUAGAUCAAAGGGACCAACUUACCCAGGUUGGACUCUUCUGGGAAUGUUGUUAUUCGGGAUUUUUAAGUAUCAUCCAACAUUCACUUGGGAUCAAAACCAAUACGGGUCGUACGGUGGUCGAGAUUUUGGACCUAAUUGAGGAGCACCUUCGCAGUCUCCGAAAUAUUCACCUCGAUAUGCGAGACCUUUUGGCUGUGAGACAGAAGGAGGGUCAGGAUUAUCUAUCUUUCUGUAACUCCCUUCCAGAGUUGGCAGAUUAUGCUGACGCAGCCAAGAUCACCGAGGAUCGUCUUCUCAUUGCACUCUUGUUACAGGGGAUGAAGAAUGACUCCGAUAAGGCCAAGGUUAUGGAACGCAAUCCCUCAACAUUCAAUGAAGCCCGCAAGUGUAUACUUGAACUUGAGACUGCUAGACAGGGUGCACGCAAUUUCAGUCACCAGUCUUCAUCUUUAACCGUGGGAGUUCUUGAUCAAGUUGUCCAUGUGACAAAGUCUAAAUACAAGAAGAAUGGGGGCAAAUCGGGUAAGAUGAUUUUUAACAAGACUUUACCGUCCGAGCAGUGCCCGCUGUGUGGUCUUUCCAAGACCCAUUCUCGUGAGGAUUGUCCGGCAUUGAAAUCGUCUUGCCAUGCGUGUGGUCGUACUGGGCAUUGGCAACCCGUCUGCCGUCAAAAGAGUCCUUCAAGGAGAGAGGAGAAACGUGCGGGUGGGGUACACCUCCGAGUGGCUUCGUCUUCCACUCGUGAGCGCGAGAACCGCAUCAACGUUAUGGUCUCACCCCACAAAUCGUCCAAGUCGGUCAGCCUUCAAUUCUGCGCUGAUACGGGAGCUGACGUCAUUAUCAUUGAGGCGAUGUCGCAAUGUCUGGCCUUGGCAUUCAAAAGGUUAUUGACGAUAUGGCUGUGGGAAAGGAAUUGUAUCCUGAUCUGGUUCGCGUUACCUGUGAGAUUCUGGAACGUUGUGUCCGUUUCGGCAUGACUGUCAAUGCCAAGAAGAGCGUUAUUGGCGGGGCCGAAGAGAUCGAUUUUGUCGGGUAUCGUAUAUCUCGCGAUAGUAUUAAGGCCGAUCCUGAGAAAGUUGCAGCCAUCUCGAGAUUCCCCUGCCCAGAGGAUCGCCAAGACCUGACAUCGUUCAUGGGUCUUAUUAACCAGUUGGGUCAAUUUUCGAGCAAGAUCGCUCACAAUGCUGAGCCCCUCAGAGAUUUGCUAAAAAUAAAGAAUGUGUUUUCAUGGUGUCCCGAACACAUGAACGCGUUUGAGAAGGUAAAAUAGGCUCUUACCUCUCCUCCUAUUUUGGGAAUGUUCCAACUAGGGGCCGAAACCAUCCUUCAGACAGACGCAUC